AUGCUUCGACGCGUGGCGCAACGUACUGCAUGGCGCGCGCUGCAUUCGUCAGUGCUUGCGCCGCGCGAAAAGAAGUGGGAGCUAUUUAAUGAGCUUCUGAAACAGCAUGUGGGCGAUCAUACUAGUCCCGAAAAACCUAAGUACGACAGGUCCGUCGACCGACGAAACAGAGGAUACCCAGAACUCUCACCUGCGGCCAAAUGGCACACGCCGACAAAGAAGGAUCCAGAUGGCGUCGACAUGGUAUACACUCACAAAGAUACUAUGCAUACCCACGAUGUCCGCCCUGGAGACCUUGUUGAGGCACGAAAAGCUAGUGGCACGUACGUCGGUGUGGUUCUUCCCAUUCCAAAAGACAGGGAGGUAACAGGUGCUGGACAGGGAGCGACAUUAUUGAUUGUCGUAGCCACCGGCCACCUCGAACAGAUUCGCACAACAGAUAUUACAUUUCAGCUUCCUCAGUUUGUGGAUGUAACCACGGCGGAAAAAGCAGGUCCGCUUAAGUGGGACUAUGUCCUCGCAACGGCUGCGCAUACCAAAUCGGCACCUGUUUCAGAAGACAUGUUACCAGAAUCCGUGCUUGAAGAGGAGCCAGUAGAUUUGCCGCGAUUCACAAUCCGUGUCUCUAUCUGCCGCAAAAUUCGCGAUAUGCAACGCCAAAUGGAUGGACAGAUCCGCCGCAUCUUUCCCGCCUUCCGUACACUCUUCCUCCCAGAUCCCUCAGAAGACAUGUCGGCAUAUAAUGCAUCCGAGCGGCUCAUUCGACAGCGUGCUCGCGAUGUACUGCAGACAGGUGUUGUAUCGACCAUGGAGGCGACGCGCCUCAUCGAGCAGUAUCUUCAUAAGAAAGAUGUGCCUAUCCGGGUCUCUGUCAUGUUUGCUACACACACUCUUCUUAUGAGCCAUCCAAUCCAGUUUCUCGCGGACGCCAAUUCUCACCGGCGAAGUCAACUAUUCAUGUACAGGCCGCGGCAUGACCAAGAGAUCCUCGAACGCGUCUCCGGAUGGGUCCGUGCUGCUAUGUCGGAAAAGCCCCACAAGAACGCGGAACAUGCGACAGAAGUACUCGAUGGUUUUUGCAUGCGUGCACGGUACGUCAUGGCAUGGCACGACAAAAAACCAGCCAAGGACUAUGGCCCACCACAGCUGGACGCGUUUGCGCCAGGCAUGGACGGCAAAGGCGAAUUCACUUGGACUGAUACAGACUUGGAUAUCUUGGAAUUUUUCAAGAUGUGCCUGGGCAACCGCCGAGAGCUGCAGGAAAAUGUUACAGGCAGUAUUGCCAUGGCCAUCAUUAAGCGUGCCGGUGUAAAUCCAAAGCUCUAUCCACUGGCCUUCGAGGGCAGCACUAAAUCACGCGAAUUAUCCGAAAUCAAUGAUCGAUCGCAAGCAGAGCUACACACAGAUGUGCUGCAGGCCAAUGUGGAUUUACAGCACUCACUCAUGUUCGAAUUUCUCACCCGUAUUGGUGCUUUGACGCCUUGGGAAAAUCCCAACGCCCUUGAUAUCCAGUUUAGGAACAGACGCACGAUACAUGAUGCAGAAAAGAAUGCAUGGGAGCUGAAGGAGGAGCUGAAGUCACGACACUCGUUUGGUGAUAUGCCCGUUUAUGUGAUUGACGCUGCCUCGUCACAUGAACUUGAUGAUGGUAUGUCUGUCGAAGCCACAGACAAUCCUCAUCAAUAUUGGAUCCAUGUCCACAUUGCAGACCCAAGUGCAUGGAUUCCUAAAGACCAUGCCUUGGCGAAAAGUGCGCAACACAAGUAUUCCAGUAUUUAUUUGCCUGAGCUCAUGGCGCCUAUGCUGCCCUCUGAUGUCACAGACAAUGGUAUGAGUUUGUCAGAUACAAGCAAGGAUCCCAUGAACGUACUUACCUUUAGUGCUCUGGUGGAUUCAGUCACGGGCAAAGUGGCGUCUUUCGAUGUACGUCGAGGAAAAGUGCAGAAUAUAAAAAUCUUGCAUUACGAUCAAGUGAACCAACUGUUCUUGGAUAGCCAUCGUAAGCAUGGUGUGUCUGACUUGCGGACGCAACAAGAUCUCCGGCAGAUUGCGGCUCUGGCUUCCGUCCUUAAUCGCCGCCGCGUGCAUGUGGGGAAUGCCGUCAAUGCCACUGAUGCUGACAGUUCGCUAAGCAUACAUCCUAGAACGCUCGACUUCCUUGCUGGACAUACACGCGAUCGACCUCAUUUCUACACCGGAUUCCCCGAGAUCAGAGUCACGUUUGCAGAUUACGAGAAUGUGGAACGACCUGGCACGUACGAUCAAGUCCCGGGUGGUAUUACAUCUGAGACAAUGGUGAGCGAGAUGAUGAUUUUGGCUGGUCGCGUUGCAGCGAGCUUCGGCCUUAUGCACAAUGUCCCAUUGCCGUAUCGUGUCCAGCCAGAGCCCAACGAAGAAGAAAUGGCCACUAUCAAUCAGCUGAAACAUCCCGAUACAGGAACAAUGGCCAUGUCCAAGCUAGUAUCUAAAGCCAUCUUCUUGCCCACUGGCUACUCCUCAAUCAAGCCUGGUAUCCAUUUUGCUUUAGGCGUCCGACCAAUACCUGAAAAAGAUCCCAACAGUGAUGCACUCUUCCGAGGAGGAUACGUAAGGGUCACUAGUCCUCUACGUCGAUUUGCUGACUUGGUCUGUCACUGGCAAUUAAAAGCCAUUUUGGAUGGACAAGCACCUCCUUUCGAUACGGAAACGAUGAGUCAGUCUUUGGUUCGGUUCGAUCAGAUGGAUAUUUGGAUCAAGCAAAUGGAACGUGCUUCCCAGCGGUUCUGGAUGUGGACAUAUGUUGAUCGACUCCUGAAGAAAAAAAAGCAAUACGACACUGAAUGUCGAAUUGAUUAUGAAGAGUAUUUUACCAAAGAAGAACGAGAACUUCUAAGCCCUAUUCCCGCAUUCCAAAGUAUCAUGGACGUUCGCUACAAUAGCGAGCUCCUUGAAUCCAACAUUCGCGUGUCCCUCCUCCACUUUGGGGGACUACCCGCCGACUGCAGAUGGCCAAAUGGAAAAAGUCCACCAAAAAGGGAUGAAAUCAAAAAAGUUAAAAUUUUAAAAACAAUAAGUGCAAGCACAAGAAGAACAAUUAUCUGUUCCAUAGCAUAA